CGAAGAAAAUUCACCAGCCAUACACCCAUUUUUCCAAACAUUCCCGCCUCAAUCGUCUCUUCCAUAACCAACCCAUGUCGUCGGAGGAGCCAUCCCCAGCUCCCGAAGAGGAGAACCCCCUGUCCAAGAAGGAGCUCGCCAAGCUGGAGCGCCAGCGCAAGCGUCUGGAGGCGGCCGCAGCCUCUGCCACCGCCGCAGUAUCCUCCGUGACCAUCGAAGCCGACCCAUUGGCGGCAAACUACGGCGAGAUCCCGUUGAACGACCUGCUGUCGAAGGAAAUCUCCGGGAAGAAGUGGACGGAGGUGAAGGACCUGGCCGCCGGGCUGAAGGAUCAGGAGGUGCUGAUACGGGGGGCCGCGCAGGCGAUCGGGGCCGUGGGUAAGAAUGUGGCGUUCUUGGUGGUGAGGGAGAGGGGGUUUACGGUGCACUGCGUCUUGAAUGUGGCGCAGGAUCUGGUGAGCCCGCAGAUGGUGAAGUUCGCCACUCGCCUGAGCAGAGAGAGUAUCAUUGAUGCUGAAGGGAUUGUCUCCGUGCCAGCAAAGCCUAUCACUGGCACGACUCAGCAGGUCCUUCAUCGCAGUAUUGGAAGUGUUUCUGGUUUAUUGUGUGUGGCUUAUCUGUUUUAUGUGAUUGUGGCUUCUCGUGAAUCUGGCUACUUGUUGCAUUUGCAUUUUAUAUGUUGUCUCAUGGUGGAGAUUCAAGUGAGGAAGCUUUAUUGUGUGAACAAGGCUAUUCCCACACUGCCCUUCAAUAUUGAGGAUGCGGCCAAUAGUGAAGUCGAAAUAGAAAAGGCUGUUGAGGCAGGUGAGCCACUCGUGCGUGUAAAUCAGGACACUCGUUUGAAUUAUAGAGUUCUUGACUUGCGCACCCCUGCUAAUCAGGGUAUUUUCAGAAUUCAGUGUCAAGUUGAGAAUAUAUUUUGGCAGUUCUUGCUGUCUGAAGGCUUUGUGGAUAUCGACACGCCAAAAUUAAUUGCUGGUUCUAGUGAAGGUGGAUCAGCUGUUUUUAGGUUAGAUUACAAAGGAACACCUGCGUGCCUGGCACAAUCACCUCAGCUUCAUAAACAAAUGUCUAUUUGUGGUGGUUUUGGCCGUGUAAUGGAGAUCGGACCAGUCUUCAGGGCAGAGGACACAUUCACACACAGGCAUUUGUGUGAAUUCACAGGUCUUGAUGUAGAAAUGGAGAUUAAGGAGCACUAUUCAGAAGUGAUGGAUGUUGUGGAUCGCUUAUUUGUGGCGAUCUUCGACGGUUUGAAUGAGACAUGUUCUAAGGAGCUUGAAUUUAUCAAUAGGCAAUAUCCUUUUCAGAAAUUGAAGUAUUUGCGCAAGACCUUACGGCUUACCUUUGAAGAAGGGGUGCGAAUGCUGAAGGAAGCUGGCGUUGAAAUUGAUCCCCUUGGAGAUCUCAACACAGAAUCAGAGAGAAAGCUUGGCCAGCUUGUACUUGAGAAGUAUGACACUGAGUUCUUUAUCCUUCACCGCUAUCCUUUGGGUGUAAGGCCAUUCUAUACGAUGCCGUGCGUUGAUAAUCCAAACUACAGCAACUCAUUUGAUGUUUUCAUCCGAGGUGAGGAAAUUAUAUCAGGGGCUCAGCGUGUUCACGUGCCCGAGCUCUUGACUGAGCGUGCACAGGCAUGUGGAAUUGAUGUUGAGACUGAGGCGAUAUCUACAUACAUUGAUUCCUUCAGGUAUGGAGCACCACCGCACGGCGGGUUUGGAGUGGGGUUGGAGCGUGUGGAGCCAUUCCGAAACCCAGCUCCCGAAGAGGAGAACCCCAAGAAGAAACUGUCCAAGAAGGAGCUCGCCAAGCUGGAGCGCCAGCGCAAGCGUCAGGAGGCGGCCGCAGCCUCCGCCGUCGCCGCAGUAUUCUCCAUGACCAUCGAAGCCGACCCAUUAGCGGCAAACUACGGCGAGAUCCCGCUGAACGACCUGCUGUCGAAGGAAAUCUCCGGGAAGAAGUGGACGGAGGUGAAGGACCUGGCCGCCAGGCUGAAGGACCAGGAGGUGCUAAUACGGGGGUCCGCGCAGGCGAUCCGGGCCGUGGGUAAGAAUGUGGCGUUCGUGGUGGUGAGGAAGGAGGGGUUUACGGUGCAGUGCGUAUUGAGUGUGGCGCAGGAUGUGGUGAGCCCACAGAUGGUGAAGUUCGCCACUCGCCUGAGCAGAGAGAGUAUCAUUGAUGUUGAAGGGAUUGUCUCCGUGCCGGAAAAUCCCAUCAGUGGCACGACUCAGCAGGUGGAGAUUCAAGUGAGGAAGCUUUAUUGUGUGAACAAGGCUAUUCCCACACUGCCCAUCAAUAUUGAGGACGCGUCCAAAAGUGAAGUCGAAAUAGAAAAGGCUCUUGAGGCAGGUGAGCAGCUUGUGCGUGUAAAUCAGGACACUCGUUUGAAUUAUAGGGUUCUUGACUUGCGCACCCCCGCUAAUCAGGGUAUUUUCAGAAUUAAGUUACAAGUUAAGAAAAUAUUUAAGCAGUUCUUGCUGUCUGAAGGCUUUGUGGGGAUCCACACGCCAAAAUUAAUUGCUGGUUCUAGUGAAGGUGGAUCAGCUGUUUUCAGCUUAGAUGACUUUGGAACACCUGCGUGCCUGGCACAAUCACCUCAGCUUCAUAAACAAAUGUCUACUUGUGGUGGUUUUGGCCAUGUAUUUGAGAUCGGACCAGUCUUCAGGGCAGAGGACUCAUUCACACACAGGCAUUUGUGUCAAUUCACAGGUCUUGAUGUAGAAAUGGAGAUUAAGGAGCACUAUUCAGAAGUGAUGGAUGUUGUGGAUCGCUUAUUUGUGGCGAUGUUUGACAGUUUGAAUGAGACAUGUUCUACGGAGCUUGAAGUUAUCAAUAGGCAAUAUCCUUUUCAGAAAUUGAAGUAUUUGCGCAAGACCUUACGGCUUACCUUUGAAGAAGGGGUGCGAAUGCUGAAGGAAGCUGGCGUUGAAAUUGAUCCCAUUGGAGAUCUCAACACAGAAUCAGAGAGAAAGCUUGGCCAGCUUGUACUUGAGAAGUAUGACACUGAGUUCUUUAUCCUUCACCGCUAUCCUUUGGGUGUAAGGCCAUUCUAUACGAUGCCGUGUGUUGAUAAUCCAAACUACAGCAACUCAUUUGAUGUUUUCAUCCGAGGUAAUAUUCAACUUAUCGAUAUGCAGGAGCCCAUGCUUCUUGCAGGUGAGGAAAUUAUAUCAGGGGCUCAGCGUGUUCACGUGCCCGAGCUCUUGACUGAGCGUGCACAGGCAUGUGGAAUUGAUGUUGAGACUGAGGCGAUAUCUACAUACAUUGAUUCCUUCAGGUAUGGAGCACCACCGCACGGCGGGUUUGUAGUGGGGUUGGAGCGUGUGGUGAUGCUUUUCUGCGCUCUGAACAAUAUCAGGAAAACAAGUCUUUUCCCGCGCGAUCCUCGGAGGAUUGCGCCAUAAUUGUUCUCGUUUUCGGUUUCUAAUAUUCAUAAAGUUGGUAUAUAAUAUUUAGAGAUUAUUUUUAGUAUAUAACAGUUAGGAUAAAAUAUCACCCAUUGUACAAUACAAGCUUGCAGCAAAGACAAUAUACCUCUUUAUCGCGUUUGAAG